AUGACCUCUCAACCAGCGUCGGCAGCGACGGACGUCAAGAUCGCGGUGGACCUCUCCAAGCAGGCUGCCGAUGAAGAAGCCAAGAAACAGUUCGCAAAUGCGUACCGGAUCUACCGAAAGACGGUGGAAGCCUACCUAAAUGCUACUCUUGCGGUGCGAACCAUGUGCGCUCCGUACAUUGAGAGGGUCCUGCGACUGAAAGACCACGCGCGAGACAUUGACCAAGAUGUGCUGUGCGCGGGCAUGCCCGAAAUGAGUUGCAUUCACCAGCUGUCUCUGCUGGGCUUGCUUCUGCCCCCCUGGUGUCUCACGGCAGUGACGGUGAGUGCCAAGAGGAGGAUCUGCUACACGAACGACAUCGUAGGCAUUGACUCAGUGAAGAACAAGCUCGCCCAGAUUCUCAUGAAUCCCAAGGCAAGAGGAGCAUCCGUCAUACUCCUCUACGGACCCCACGGCAGCGGCAAAAGUUUUAUUGUCCGGGCAAUUGCGUCCAAGUAUCCGGACAAGCCAGUCUUCAUCGUCAACAUCGAAGCAUUAAUGGCCGCCACGUUUCAGCACGAGGGUAUCAAGUUAGCUAGCUCAAUUAUAAAGAAUUUUAGGAAACACGAUUGUGCCAUAUUGGUGCUAGAGGACCUUGAUCGCCUCUAUUCGCACAGGGCAGAAGGAAUAGGACGAGAGAUUGAUGCCAUGAGAAAAGAAAUAUUAGCCUACAUGCAGGAAGUGAAGGAAAAGAGAGAAUUUCGUGAGGUAAUCAUCGCCACUGCGAGAAAGCCGUGGCGCUUGGAAAAGAGCAUGCUGGAGACAUUUCAGACAAAAAUAUGGCUCCCUCCGCCGUCGUUUAAUGAGCGUGUUGCGAUCAUCACGCGCGAGUUGGGAAAAGUAAGGUGUCCUUCAUUCUCAGAAAGCGAUGUCCAUGAUCUGGCAUCGCGAACCGAGCACUACUCGUGCUACCAAGUUAUGAGCAUUCUGCGAUUGGCUCUGGCUCGAAAUUUCGAAAACCUGGAGUCUAUCAGGCUUAAGGAAGAUGCUGAGAGAGUCGACCACGUAACGAAGGACGACAUCCUGGUUGUUUCCGAAAUACUUCCUCCCGACAUGAGCGAAGACGACAUGGUGAAGUAUCGCGAGUUCACGUCUGCCUCCACCGCGGUCCCUAUGCGAGGCUCGUCGGCUGUGUCCGUGACCAAUUUGCAAGCGGGCGUUCAUUCUUCAAGCACUGUGCUCCCGAGUUCAGCUGCGGGGGCUGCGGAGAGCAGCCGCGUAAGCACCGUUAUCGACGGCCGCGUUAGCGCUGCCAUAAGCAGCGCUUCCAAAGCUGCUACAGACAUUCGCGUUGACAACAGUGCCAGGAACUCAGUACCUGGCCACACCGACACGGCCCCUGAAUUUUCCAGGUAUCAAGGAAAGGAUCAGAUGUCUGUUCACGAGAUCCAUGCGCGGCGUCACAAGCGUUAG